AUGGUUGAGCCGGCCGGAAACAUGCUCGAGACCACUCGCAAGCUGUGCAAGGCCGUGUUCCGUGGCGUGGAAAGUAGUGUUGGCGGCAUCGAGGAUGAAAGGAGCUGGCAAGAAUUUCAGUGUGGUGUCCAGAGUGGAUGUCCCGAGUGCUCACCGGUCCACAUGCCGUCCUCUUUGAGCGCAGUCCAGUGCCAUUGGUUGUUCCAGGAUCCAAGCAACCGCCUUGGCUAUGCUUGA